CACAUUAACAUAAUUUCACAACAAAAAAGAGCUGAAAUGGCGGGAUUACCGGUGAUUAUGUGCCUAAAAUCAAUUAACAACCAGAAGUACUUGAGAUAUCAAACUGAUAAUAUUCGACAAUAUGGCCUUCUUCAAUUUUCAGCUGAUAAGGUUUUAGAUCCUUUAGCUCAAUUUGAAGUCGAACCUUCCAAGACUUUUGAUGGUCUUGUUAACAUCAAAUCUCGCUACACUAACAAAUAUUUGGUUAGGUGGUCUCCCAAUCAUUAUUGGAUUACAGCAUCAGCCAAUGAACCAAAUGAAAACAAAAGCAAUUGGGCAUGCACAUUAUUCAAACCAGUUUACGUAGAAGAAGGUAACAUGAAAAAGGUCCGACUUUUGCAUGUCCAAUUAGGUCAUUAUACAACAAAUUACACCGUUGGUGGCUCCUUCGUAUCAUACUUAUUUGCAGAAUCAAGUCAAAUUGAUACCGGCUCUAAAGACGUAUUCCAUGUCAUAGAUUGGAAAUCAAUCUUUCAAUUUCCCAAAAGAUUUGUCACAUUUAAAGGAAAUAAUGGAAAAUAUUUAGGCGUUAUCACAAUUAAUCAACUUCCAUGUCUACAAUUUGGGUUUGAUAAUCUUAAUGAUCCAAAUGUGGCUCAUGAAAUGUUUGUGACUUCUAAUGGUACUAUUUGCAUUAAAUCCAAUUCUGUGAACAAGUUUUGGAGACUCUCUACGGAUGAUUGGAUAUUAGCCGAUGGGAAUGAUCCUCGCGAAACUAAUGAAGCUGCUGCAUUGUUUAGACCGGAUGUUCUUGAUUUUAAUGUGAUGUCGCUUUUGAACAUGCAAAAAACGUGGUUUAUUAAGAGAUUUACGAGUGGUAAGCCUGAGUUUAUAAAUUGUAUGAAUGCAGCUACUAAAGAUGUUGAUGAAACUGCUAUUUUAGAAAUAAUAGAAUUGGGAUCCAACAACUGAAAUAUUGGAUUGCUUUUAAUGAUUCAAAUUAAAGUUUAGUUAAUGUUAAUGUAAGGAAUAAAAUGUUAUAAGUCGUCUCUUUGGAAACAAGAGAGUUCUUCCUUGUAUUAUAUCUCUAUGGUCUCUUUCAGAUUUUGACCAUAAGAUUUACUAGUAAAUACUUGUAAUGUGUUUGUCUGUGAUGCUUACUCUUUGAUGGAAUAAAAUAAUUGUUAGAAUUAUAUUAUC